AUACCUUGAAAUUGAAGGCGAGGACGGGACGAAAGAGGCAUUGUCGUAGUGACAAUAUCUACUAGCAUAUGGGAAAAUCAAACCACCUUGUUCCUUAGGUAUCGUAAAGUUCACAGAAACAGCGUGCAUUGUGUUCGUGCAUAUCAGCAAUUGAUGAAGAGGCUGGGAAGCGUUCGGAGCUACGCGAAGCAUCUUCGCAUUGAUGGGGUUAAAGAUACAAUAGCCGUCGCCUCCGGUAAAGGUGGUGUUGGCAAGUCCACCACUGCUGUUAAUUUAGCUGUUGCACUUGCAAGUAAGUGCAAGCUCAAGGUUGGUUUGCUCGAUGCCGAUGUUUAUGGGCCCAACAUUCCCACCAUGAUUAACAUCCAUACAAAGCCUGAAAUCACUCACGAUAAGAAAAUGAUUCCUAUUGAAAAUUAUGGGAUCAAGUGUAUGUCAAUAGGUUUCCUUGUGGAGAAGGAUGCCCCAAUUGUCUGGAGAGGUCCCAUGGUAUCAAAUGCUCUUGAGAAAAUGACAAGGGGAGUUGACUGGGGUAACCUUGAUAUUCUAGUAAUGGAUAUGCCUCCUGGCACUGGUGAUGUCCAGAUAGCCAUGUCUCAGAAUCUGCAAUUAUCAGGUGCUUUGAUUGUUUCAACUCCUCAAGAUGUUGCAUUAAUGGAUGCCCGCAGGGGAGUAAAAAUGUUCAAUAAAGUUGAUGUUCCGAUUUUGGGAAUUGUGGAGAACAUGAGCUGCUUUAAGUGUCCACAUUGUGGGGAACCUUCAUACAUAUUUGGUAAAGGAGGGACUCAGAGAACAGCAUCUGAAAUGGGAUUAGAAUUUUUGGGCGAGAUACCACUGGAAGUGGUGAUCAGAGAAGCUUGUGAUCAAGGGCACCCCAUAGUGUUGGCCGCACCUGAUUCAAUAGUAUCCAGAGCGUAUGGCGAGGUAGCUGAAAAAGUUGCUCAGAAACUCAAGGAACAACAAUUCCAACCAGAGAUUAUACUAUAAAAUGCUGCUUUUUACCGUGAUAACUCAUCAGUUUGCGAGGAAAUUAUCCACUACAUGCAUUUAUUUAAGAAAAGAAGACCAAGCUAAUUGCCCUGAUGCUCGACAACUAAGUGUGGGAUUUUGAAUAAUUUUAAAAUUUGUUAAAAUUGUGGUUGAGAUAUAGACUCGGCUUUAGAUUUAGAAUUGUUGAUUUGAGCAUCUUCAUCAAUUUUAUAAAUAAGCAGUCAAUGGUUCUUCGACUUCACAUAGGUGCUACCAAAUUUAGCAGUUUGAUUUAACUGCAACAUUGAGGCUACAUGGGAUUGUUUAGGCAUACCUUUUCCUAAGUUACUAGCUUCUUUUUUGUGUGGUUGAUUUGGAUCCAUUGUGAAAAGUUAUAGCAAGAGAAACAUCUUGUCAAAGAGCAUCAAGAAUCUGCGAUUUUUGAACUAAUAGAUGUAGUUUUGCGUAAGGUAUGCUGGAAGCUUGCAAACAUCAUAUGGGGUGUGGCUAUGGGGAAUAUAUUCUUAUAUGAUAAAAAGAACAAGACGUGAAUUCGACAUGCAUCUUAUACACCGACCCCUCAAAGUGGCUACCUUUAUAAUCGUAGCACCUUCGCCAUUUGACCAGGAUUUCGUUUGGCAGCCUCCUAUCCUUAGGUUGACCAUUUGUCAGAGAGCUGGUCAACUAGCCAAUUGAGACCAAACUGAAUAGCUAGCCACAACUUUUUGGGGAACUUGGAAUAUAUGGCUAUUUGCGAUUUCUAAGCAUAUAUUUACCGAUGUGGAAGGCAUUUUUUUCUUUCCUUAUUAAGAAAAGGAGAUAAAAGGGACUCUAUAUUCACCUCUAUUUUUAUGCUUUUGUGAAUAUUUCUGUUUUUGGGUACAAUAUAUUUAUAUUUUUAUUUAUUGUUUAAUUACUUUUACAGAUAUGUAGUGGGUUCCUGGAAUAUAAUAUAACUUUUUACUUCGAU